UGAGUCCACCACCCUGCGCCUCGCUCCCUUCAACAUCAAUUCCUCUGACGAAAAACAAAAAGAAAGAAACACAAAAAUUGAUUAAUUUUAUUCUAAUUCUAAAAUUUAUAAACACCAAAGGAAGGAGGGAUUCUCAAGAAAGACAGAGAGAGAAGCGUAGAAGACGCACCCACCGCGUGCGAAGCUUCCUCCGCCUCCGCUGCCGCUCCUCGGUCGCAACCUUCUUUGCAGCCUCGUCGGUCUAAUCGGCUGCACUUGAAGAGCAAAGUUUGAUUAGUGAUGAAGCAAGAGGAUGGUGGUGCAAAAGCACAAGCACAGGGUAACCUAAAUUCAGCUCCAAAGGCAGCAAUUCCACCUUACAUGAAAGCAAUCUCUGGCUCCCUUGGAGGGAUUGUGGAGGCUUCUUGCUUGCAGCCAAUUGAUGUGAUCAAGACCCGGUUGCAGCUUGAUAGGUCAGGGAACUACAAGGGGAUAGCACAUUGCGGCACCACCAUUGCCCGGACUGAAGGCGUGCGUGCCCUGUGGAAGGGCUUGACGCCUUUUGCCACUCACUUGACCUUGAAGUAUGCAUUACGGAUGGGAUCCAACGCGAUGUUUCAGUCCGUGUUUAAGGACCCCAAGAGCGGGAAGAUCAGCAACCAGGGUAGGCUGCUUUCUGGCUUUGGUGCUGGGGUGCUUGAGGCUCUUGCUAUUGUCACGCCUUUUGAGGUUGUGAAGAUUAGGUUGCAGCAGCAGAGGGGACUAAGCCCCGAGCUUUUAAAAUACAAAGGUCCCGUGCAUUGUGCUCGAAUGAUUGUGAAGGAGGAAGGCAUUCUUGGGCUUUGGGCAGGGGCUGCUCCUACUGUAAUGCGUAAUGGAACAAAUCAAGCUGCCAUGUUUACUGCCAAAAAUGCUUUUGAUAUACUUUUAUGGAGCAAACAUGAAGGAGAUGGAAAAGUACUCCUACCAUGGCAGUCUAUGAUUUCAGGGUUCCUUGCUGGCACCGCAGGCCCUAUUUGUACUGGUCCCUUUGAUGUGGUGAAAACAAGGUUGAUGGCUCAGAGCCGAGAGGGGGGCGAACUGAAGUACAAGGGUAUGAUUCAUGCCAUCAGAACAAUAUAUUCGGAGGAAGGACUUCGCGCCUUAUGGAAAGGUCUGCUACCUCGGCUCAUGAGGAUCCCGCCUGGCCAGGCCAUUAUGUGGACAGUCGCCGAUCAAAUCAUUGGUUUGUAUGAGAGGAGACAUCUCAAAGUGGCAGAAUUAUAGGUAAUAUACUAAUAUUUUCUUUCUUUUUCUUUUUCUUUUUGGCAAUCAUUAGUUUUUUAAGCCAAUUUCAAUGCAAGGAUAGAGUUAAUAAUCAUUUUUGUCCUCUUUCUCUAAGGCUUAUUUAGUUAAUUCCAUUGAAUUUGAUGAGUGGACAAUUGGGGUCCAUAUAAAGCUUAGUGAAUAACUAGCAAUUUUAGCCCUAAACAAUUUUCUAAAUACUUGCACUACUAGCUAGCAAGUCAUUUUAUGCGAAGUUGUAGCAAUCUGGAAUAAAGUUUUCAUGCUAUUUUCUGGAGUGUAUUUCUAUUGUUUAUCAGUAUUAAAAUCAAAAGCAGCAUUUAAGAAGUUGAAGCUUUUCAACAAUGUGGUGGACGAUGAAAUAAAUAGCGCCAAAAGAAAACUAUUAGCUUCCCCUAAUUUCUUGCCAAAGCCACUCUUUUGCAGCCUGUUUGUUUGAACCGGGAAACAUUGGACUCGCCCAAAUGUUCUACCAACACCGCAAUAAAGCAUUACAAUCUUCUUUCUACACUAAACACUCUUGAUACGUACAAGCAUAAAAUUAUAAUUGUUAUUAAUUAAUUUUGUAUU